UUGAACAGGUGAGCUUCAGCUGAGGAUGGCAGGAGAUUCUCGAGUCCUCAUGGACCAUAACAUGGAGAUAGGAGUAACACCUGCACAGGUGAAGAAACUCCCUAAACAUCUGAGGGAGCCUCAGAUCUCGACCGAGAGAACCCACCUAAUUUCUGACCCGGUAAAGAAGCCCCGGCAGCGGUAUGUGCAGAAGGACGGCAAGUGCAACGUUCACCACGGGAAUGUGCAAGAGACUUACCGUUACCUCAGUGACUUGUUCACUACCCUGGUGGACCUACGGUGGCGUUUUAGUUUCUUAAUUUUCACACUAGUCUAUAUCAUAAACUGGCUUUUCUUUGGGUUCCUGUGGUGGCUGAUAGCACUCAUCCGUGGGGAUCUGGUGCAUUCUGAUGAGGAGGGCUGGACCCCCUGCGUGGAGAACCUCAACAGUUUUGUCUCAGCCUUCCUCUUCUCUAUUGAAACUGAGACCACCAUUGGGUAUGGGUAUCGAGUAAUCACAGAAAAAUGCCCCGAGGGCAUUAUACUUCUUCUGGUGCAAGCCAUCUUGGGCUCCAUUGUCAACGCCAUGAUGGUGGGCUGCAUGUUUGUCAAGAUCUCACAGCCAAAGAAUCGCGCCGAGACCCUCAUGUUCUCGCACAAAGCUGUCAUAUCGGUGCGAGACAACAAGAUGUGCCUGAUGUUUCGAGUGGGGGACCUGAGGAACUCUCACAUCGUGGAGGCAUCCAUUCGAGCAAAGCUGAUCCGCUCGCAGCAGACCAAAGAGGGGGAGUUCAUCCCUCUCAACCAGACUGACAUCAACAUCGGUUUCGACACCGGAGAUGACCGGCUGUUCCUGGUGUCACCGCUCAUCAUCUCUCACGAGAUUAACGAGAAGAGCCCCUUCUGGGAAUUGUCAAUGGCACAAAUGGAGAAGGAGGAGUUCGAGAUUGUGGUCAUCCUCGAAGGCAUGGUGGAGGCCACAGGGAUGACAUGUCAGGCGCGGAGCUCCUACCUUGACACCGAGGUGCUGUGGGGCUACCGCUUCACGCCAGUUCUAUCCCUGGAGAAGGGCUUCUAUGAGGUAGACUACAACAACUUCCACGAUGUCUACGAGACCAACACCCCCACCUGCAGCGCCAAGGAGCUAGCCGCUAAGUUUCGGGAUGAACCUCUUUUGCCUCAACUGCCACUCCUCAGCCCCUCAGAUCCCAAAACGCAUAUUUUUGACCGCUUGUCGCAACAGGAUCCACUCAGUCGGGAUGAGGAGAGGCAGGAGAGGGAUUCAGCGGGCGAUAGAGGAGAGACCAAUGGCUCAGCUGCUGCUCUGGAAGAGCCACCCCUUGCAGAUGGACUGCCUGACUGAAGGGCCGCAUCAGUCUAAAGCUCCAGGAAAGACUGUGCUUCAUCCAAUCAAUGGCCAGCUUGUUCCAUUGCAGUUGUUGGAGACUAAAGACAUCAGUCUCCACAGCCUGCCUCAUGCAAUACUCCUCUGUUAGAGUGUCAAUCUAUAGUAUAGAUUGGUUUCAUAGGCAAGUUAAGUACACAUACAGACACACAUGUACAACAUAUAUAUGUAUAUAUAUAUAUAUAUAUAUAUUUACAUAUAUAUAUAUAUCCUUAAAGGCUGGUUCAGAUUGUCUUUUUAUAAUCGUAAUGAACCCAAAUGUCUCAUCAGUUUAAGUUGGAUAAUGUAACAACCCUAUCUCACAGAAAAAUGUAAAGCACUCGCCAAACAAAAAAUUGUAUAUUUUUCCAGAUGAGCACAAAGCCUGUGUUUUUUUCCUUUUCCAUGACACUCUAAUUCAACUUUCAAAGCGUGUUUUUGUGGAUUAUUUGGAAAUGCUAUUAGACGGUCUACUUCAAUGCAAGUCUUCACUUUUUCCUGACUUUAACCGUGUAAUUUAUUUUCACCUGACCGUAACCAAAGACUGUUUUAAUGCUCAGACCUUUUCCACGUACUUUUCAAUGUGUGUAAUCGUGACAAAGAAAGCAAGGUGGUGAAAAAUCAAGUGUCGAAGCAGAGUCAGAUCUAUCUCUCGAACAAACAAAACAAGGUUCCCCUGACUGUUUCUACCACUACCACGCUUGUUUUACUUAUGGAUGGGAUUCACAAAGAUGUGAUACUUUUACACUAGAUUUUUAAUUACAUCGACAGAAGUGUAUGUAGCACCCUCCCUGGUAGUAGGAGAAAAAAACAAAUGCAAGAUUAGCAUCUGUGAACAUCAAUCGAUUGAUUUCAGUGUGAGAAUGGGUUGUACUCUAUCUAAACUUGAACUAAAAGUGGUAGCUACAGUGUUACAGAAUACCACUGGUUAAUUGCAGAUACUUCAAAAUUAGCAGUUUAGUGUGUUCAUUCAGCUUAAUCCCCAAACAGUGGUUCUUAAACUGGCAUGCUUUCCUCUAGAGGCAGAUGAGAAGAGGUUUCCCUUCUAAAGCCAAUCCCCAGCUCCACACAUCUGAAUGCAUAGCAGUCAAUGAAACUGAAACUUUAUACUGAGUUUUUGAAAAAACACAGUUUAGCAUUACAAAAAAAAAAGAAACAACUUAACCAAAUCUUUUUAUCUAAUAUCACAUGUCUCAUAAGUCAGCUGAUGUGUUUGGCAUCAGUUUCCAGAUGAUUAUGGAGCUUUUAAUUAUCCUUUUUUUAAAUGUAGGAUAACAGUUUCCGUUCUCUGCAAGUGACAUCAAUUUUGUAAGGAACCUUUUUCACUUGGUGAGGAAAGCUAAAAGGUUUCUUAUCUGCUAAGGGAUGUUUGUUUUGUGAAAUUCUUAAUCUACUGGCAACCAUAUUACCCUUUUGUUUCCUUUGGUCACAUUUUUCCUCAUAGUUGUUCAAUCACAAAAAAUAAAAACUUCAUCAUGUGUCUGAUUGUGACACUGGGAGCCAUAACCCCUGAAAUAAGCUAGUACCUCAUUUAUAUGCCUUUUCAGGAUUUUAAAUCAACAGUAAAAAUGCAAAAGAUGAUAAAUGCAGUAUAUGCUACCGACUUGACUCUUUUGAAAUCUUCUUGACAUGUUAUAAAUGUUAUUAUCUUUCCCUUUGCAGCACAUGAGACGUUGAAUUCAAGGCUGUUUUUGGUAACACAUGAAGCACAAUUCCCUGUGAGGAGAUCCCACAUUGACCUAACCACCCGCCAACCUACUGCUAUUAGCUGAUGCAUGUCAGUCCUAGUUUAAAGUGACAUUCAAAUGUAGUUUCAGUUUUAAAAUAUUUAUGCUCAGCUUCAGUUUUGAAAUGUUCAUGAAUUUUUAUAACCCACAUAUGGAUAUAUGAAUAUUUCAAAUGCUUUACGAGUCAAAUUAAAUACGUUGUUUCCUUUUAGGUUUGUUUUGCUUUGUUCAAAUAUUUGAAAAGUUAUUCAUCCUUGGUAUUUUUCAGCUAUAGAAAUACAAAGUGCAUUGACGAUAGGAUCAAGUAUACUGUCUUAUCUCAUGAGUUUGGUGUUUGACCCACAAAUUGUUUGCCUUUUUCAUUAUCAUCUCCUCUGAAAAUCAUUGUUGGCUUAAGCCUUCUGAUUUCAACUUUACACAAUCUGCACUUUGAUCCUGUUUGGCAAAUGACCCUGGUGUUUUUACACAUUAUGGCCAUUGAUUGCUGAUUUGGAGCUUAACACAUUACCUAGUAGGACCAUUACCCACAACACAUCAACGUUUGGCAUUUCUUGAACUGACACAUGACUUGUAUGCAUGAUUCAAGUCUAAUUCUCCCCUUUGAUGAGUAAUUAUAAUACUGUAACAAAUACAGGGUAUUUUUUAGGCAUGCAAGUUUCAAGAUUUCUACAUUAAGUUAUCAGACACUGUAUUGAUUUCAAAAUAUCAUUGUUGAGUGAAAAGAGAUUCCAGAUUCUCCAAUUUAUACCAAUGGUAAUGUUACAUUAUUUCUUAAUUAUUAUUUUCAUUAAUCUUUUUCCACAUUCAGGUCCAUCUUGUUUUAUCACCUAACUAUGUAUACCAUGUCCGAAAUUUGUUGUUAGAGACAGAUCAUCUGGAAUGUCAUCUGUUUUCUGUGUGUUCUCAUGGGAAUAAACAUAAUAUGGCCCAAAGAACAACAUGUCCCAUUUUAUCCAAUGUCUGCUUGCAUGAACAAGAGAGAGCAUGUGAAUGUGUUGUCAUCUUGUAACUUUGCAACUACCUUAAGUGAGUGAGCUGCUGCACUCUAUCAGUUGUAGCGUGACAAAAUGGCCAAUUUCACCUAUGUGGAAAACUAUAUUAGCCGUGCACGAUAUGAUUGGAAGGAAACAAAAUAUCUCCUUACCAUCAGUGCAGAACAAUCUUGGUUUAUACUACAGCUUUAGGGAAAAAGCGCCCUAUGCAUGCUAGUGAAAGAUAACAUCAAGCUUUUUGUUCCUCCCCAUAGUAGGUCUAAAUUUGAAUAAUUCAUUGUACAGAAAAUAAGCUCUGGUUUCUCAGGGAUAAACAC